AUGAUUAACAGGCACUUCUCUGAGAUUGUGUUGGUGCUGCUGGCCUCGUCCACGACCUUCUCCCUAGAACUGAAAUUAGUUCACUUCCAAAGAAGAGUAAACAGAGAAAGUUUAAAACUCUUGAAUAAAUUGCGGAGUUCUUCAAUUCAGCAGUGUCUACCACACAGGGAAAACUUUGUGCUUCCCCAGAAGUCUAUGAAUCCUCACCAUUACCAUAAAGGACACACAGUGGCCAUUCUUCAUGAGAUACUCCAGCAGAUCUUCAACCUCUUCAGGACAAAUCUUUCUCUGGACAGUUGGGAGGAAAGCCAGAUGGAGAAAUUCCUCAUUGAACUUUACCAACAGCUGGAACAUCUGGAGGCACUCAUGGGACUGGAAGCAGAACAGAAGAGUGGCACCUUAGGUACUGAGAACCUUAGAUUACAGGUUAAAAUGUACUUUCAAAGGAUCCGUAACUACCUGGAAAACCAGAAAUACAGCAGCUGUGCCUGGACCAUUGUCCGAAUAGAAAUCAUUCGGUGCCUGUUCUUUGUUUUUAGACUCACGGGAAAGCUGAGCAAAUAA